AUGAUAAUCCAAAUUGCCGUUUAUUAUUACAUGCUCGUAACUGCCAUAAUAAGAAAGAAAUUGAACGAAGCCAAUCAGCAAUUCAAAUUUCUCUUCGAUCAUCCAGAAAUGAUCCACAUGCUUAAAUCAGUGCAGAAACACCAUUUGAAAUGUCUACAGAUGAUAGAGGCAGCCGAAGAAUUCUUUAAGUUAUACAUUUUCUGCGUUUAUUCUGUCAUCAUUCCGACUAUAUUUUUGCUUUUCUGUAAUAUUGUUGUUGCAGAACAUUCGAAGUACAAUUAUAUUAUGUAUUUUCAUAUGUUAAUGUGUUGCGUAAUUGUCAUGGUCGUUACUUUAGAAGCCGCUGGACUAUCUUCCAAGGCUCACCAUCUAGAAUAUAUUUUACGUGAAGUUCCAGUUCUUGAAAUUCCGAAACGUCAAAUAUUUCAAAUUAAUACUUCAUUAGAAAGAGUGAAAGGAACAAGAAUUGGUUAUAGUUGUUUAGGAAUAUUCGUUGUGUCUAGUAACACUUUAAUAGAGGUACAGUAUGAAACAAUAUUUAAAUAUACCAUAACUGUGAAUAUAAUUAGUGGCUUGAUGACUUACAUCUUGAUGUAUAUGCAAAUGAGGCAAAAGACGAAACAAAGAAAUUCUUCAACUGUAUCGACUACGAGUAAUUAA